ACAAAAAAAAAAAAACAGCACCAUCAACAACAAACUCGAAUGGGACCACGAAGAAUCGAACACUACUGAAGCCACUGAACAGGUUCCUGAAACUGCGCUAUUUUCCCUUCCUUCUGCCCUGCAGCAUCUCCAGCGGCAGCAUCACUUCGGGCUCCUCCCCUCCCUCUCCGCGCGCUCCGCUCCGCCCUGUCCUCGGCUCCUCCCACGCGGAAGCGGAAGAGGUCUAAGGCUCCGGCGAGCCGCCGUCCCCGCGGUAGCUGUCCGGCGUCCGCUGCCGAGGUCUCGGUGUCCGGCUAUAGUCAUGUCCAGCCCCCGAAGAAGCAUCGAUGGCCGCCCAGCGGGCUCGGCAGCGGGCGCCGGUGGCAGCGGCAGCCACCCCGGCAGCCCAGCUCAUGGGAACCCCAGCGGCGGCGGCGGUAGCGGCGGCGGUAGCGGUGGCGGUGGUGGCAGGUUCGAGUUCCAGUCCCUGCUGAGCAGCCGCAGCCCAGGCCCCGAGUCGAGCGCGGCGCGGCUCCGGGCCUCCGAGAGCCCAGUGCACCGGCGCGGCUCUUUCCCAUUGGCCGCGGCGGCCACGCCGCAGCCGCCCCCGCCCCCUUUGCCCGAGGAGGACUGCAUGAAACUGAACCCUUCCUUCGUGGGCAUCGCUCUCUGCUCCUUGUUGGCCAUUGACUUAUGGAUGUCCAAGAGGCUGGGCGUGUGCGCCGGGGAGAAGUCGUCCUGGGGCAGCGCUAGGCCCCUCAUGAAGCUGCUCGAGAUCUCGGGCCACGGCGUCCUGUGGCUGGCCGGCACCGCUUACUGUCUGUACCGGAGUGACAGCUGGGCUGGCCGAGAGGUCCUGGUCAACCUGAUGUUCGCCCUGCUCUUGGAUUUGGGCAUUGUGGCGCUGCUCAAAGGGCUCGUCCGGCGGCGGCGUCCCUCGCACAACCAGAUGGACAUGUUGUUCACGUUCUCGGUGGACAAGUAUUCCUUCCCCUCGGGCCACGCCACUAGGGCUGCCCUGGUGUCCCGGUUCAUCUUGCACCACCUAGUGCUGGCCAUUCCGCUGAGAGUGUUGAUAGUGCUGUGGGCCUUUAUCUUGGGCCUUUCCAGGGUCAUGCUGGGAAGGCACAAUGUCACAGACGUAGCUUUUGGAUUUUUCUUAGGUUACAUACAGUACAGCAUAGUGGACUAUUUUUGGCUAUCUCCCUUUAAUGCCCCUGCGGUUUUUGCUCUGUGGAGUCACCAGUAAAUAAUUUGAUUGUAUGUGAGACCAGAAGACAAUGAAGGCUUUCCGGAUAAAAACGAUCAAAGAUACACCAGCACCCAUCUUGUUUAGCUCUUGUAAACGUUUUGGACAUCCUUUGGAAUUCUGAGUCUAAAUGGAAAGAUAUAAUCCCUACCAUCUUGAUAAUUGCUAGACUGGGAGCAUGUGCCAGCCAUAAAGUGAGCACAGCCAUAUCAAGUAAAUAAAAUAUAUAGGGAGAAUUAGACAUAUCUAUAUCUUUAUAUCUUUAUUAACAGCUAGCUAUCUGCAAGACAAUAGCAAAGGGACCAAGCAAUUUAGUUUCUCUUGCUGUUGACUACCAGUUUUUUUUAAAAGUUUACAUCAGUGGAUGAUAUACUUCCACAUAUCACCCAUACUCUGUAGCAUUUCUUUUUAAAUGGGGAAAAGGGAGGAAAUAAGUUAACUACAAUCACAUUUUGCAUCAUUAACAUGCAUUAAAGUGAACAACUCAGUAGUUUGCUGUGUUGUCCCACAGUAGAUUUCAAACACUAUUUUAAAAAUAUAGAACACAUUCGAUUACUUUUAUCUCUAAAAGUCUGGUGCUACAGAUAUGUAGUUGUCUUUUUUUAAUUUCAAUUUACUCUUAAGAGAACCCACACUUUUUUUUUUUUUUUUUGGUAGAUUGGAGAACACUAUGCUGAUGCAGGAAAUUAGGACAUAGGGAAGAAAGGACUCUCCCAUUAAAAAUACAUAUAUAUAUAUAUACUUUUCCAUUCCUAUCUGAUAUUACCUGUUAGCAUAUGGAAGGGAGUUCAGUGGCUGAAACUCCAAAAGUAGAAUAUACAUUAAUACUUAAGGGAUCUAUUCAGAGUGAAUGCACCUUCUACCAGUAAAGAUUGCAAACUCUCCCUACCUUAUUAUAUGGUUUCAUGAUUUGCUGUAGAUGAAAAAUAAAAAUUCAUCUCUUGGUAGCUAGUCCUAUUGGUUAUAACUUGUUCCAAUUCAGCCAGAUUGGCCCUUGGACCAGAGAUAUCACCUGAUCUUUAUGUGAAGCCUUUCCAGCUUAGUGGGAUUUAUCUUGCAGAGCUUGCAUUUCAUUGACAUAUCCUUCAAAAACUCAAGGUUCCAUCCACUCCAUGAUGAAGUACAGAAAGAUUUAAAUGGAGAAGCACACAAUUUAAACAGAAAAGGGAAAAACAACACACCAAAAAACCCUGAGAGAUGUGAAUUAGGUGCAAUGAGACUGUCUUUCAGAAGAUCUGUGAAUUUUGCUGUAUAUUUAUGGUGAUUGUUGAAUGAGUCACAUUCCCCAACUAUGACAAAAAAAAAAACAGUAAAAAUAAAUCUCUUUCAAAAGAGUUCAUUUUUUAAAAAACCACUAGUUGAGAAAGAUCAAUUACAAAGUGGCCUAUGAGGAAACAUUUUAACUAAUAGAGAAUAACUGUGAAGCCACUUGAUAAAAUGCUUUGUUGCUUAUCAUUUCUACUCAAUAAAAGUAGAAAAAAAAAAAAAUUUCUACUCUGCUGAAGGGUGAGGAAUGGGACCAAUCUCUUAAAGGUGACAGUGCAAACUUUCCCAUGUAUAACAAAGGAACUGUAUAUUUUGUCAUUUCUCAUGUUGUAUUUGGAUGAUGUUUUUUCCUGUAAUGAUUUUGAGGGUGAUGGAAGUUAAAACAAUCAGAUUCUCAAACAUCAGCAUUCAUUACUGUGAACUUGCUGUUGUAUCAGGCACAAUAUAUAAUCAGCCAGAGAGGGGUGAAAAGAAAGGAUUGGUUAUAUUUAAAUGAUGCUCUAGCCACCAAAAAACCCUUAAGUUAAACAAGAAGCCAGUCAAUAUAAAAUUCAAUUUAAGAAUGUUAUCAGUAUUUAUAAAUAGGAAAGACUGUAAUUGACAGUAAACUUUUGAAGAUGUGGUAUUGGGUAUCCUGAAUCAACUCUGGCAAAUAUAACUGAUUCUAUGUGGGCAGAAGAGUAAAAUUCUUAAGGAUAGGUGACCCUCAGAAAUUAUAACUACUUAUUGGGGAUAAAUGGAAUAAUUUUCAUUUCAUUGACUACCUCUUCAUUCCCAGAGUCAAUACAACUGCCUUCAGUCUGUGAAGUUCUAAAUUAUUUUGUUACAUUUUACCUUUAAAGGUUUCAUUACAACAGUGUUAUGCCAGAUGUUUAAAGUUAUGAGAUCUUAUUCAUAGCCUCCAAAUUAACUACUAAGGCUUUGUCAGGGCAAUUUUGUUGAAUGUUUAUAUCACUGAGAUUCACUUAAUUAAAUGGUACCUGAGUUUACUGGUUCUUAGGCCUAUUUUUCUCCAGAUUGGGAUUCUGUGAAGAACAAGUACUUUAAAAUGGACCAUAAGUGGGUUUUUUUUUUUUUUUUUGAUUUGGAUAAAGGAAGGAAUUCCAUUUCAGAAUCACAAUAAAAUCUAACCAGCACUAUUAAA